AUAAACUUUAUUAUUAGUUUGCUUGGAUUCAUUAGUUUCUACAAUAAAGCUUAUAAUGCUAUUCUAAUAAUUAUUAAUAAAUACUCGAAGUACGCUCUAUACAUUCCAAUAAUAAUACAGCUUAUAAGCAGCAAUCUAGCAAAUAUUAUGCUAUAG